AUGCACCAGACGAUGUGCAUCCCCGUGAUCGUCUUCGCGUGCGUCUGCGUCCUGCUGCUGGUCGCCGCGGUGUCUUGCGUGCUCGCAGUGCGGGCGCUGCUGCGGGCGGCGACGCGGGAGAUGGCGCUGAACGCCGACCUGGUCCGGCAGAAGGAAGCGCUGCAGCAGGCGGAGCGCAAGAGCAUGAACAAGAGCAAUGCCUUCGCCAGCUCCAGCCACGACAUCCGGUCCACGCUGUCCGCCAUCGCCGGCCUCGUGGACAUGUCCCGUUCGGAGUCGCAGUCGCUCCCCGGCAUCAUGGAGAACCUCGAUCAGAUGGGCGUCUGCACCAACAAGCUGUUCGAUAUACUGAACUCGAUUCUAGACACAAGCAAGGUGCAGUCGGGGAAGAUGCAGCUGGAGGAAGCUGAGUUCAGCAUGGCAGAUGUCCUACAGGAGUCGGUGGACAUGGCCAACGUGACCGGCGUCCGGCGAGGGGUUGAGGUGGUCUGGGACCCCUGCGACUUCUCGGUCCUGAGCCGUCCUCGGUGA